AUGGUAUAUGAUUCUCCACAUUAUAUUAGCAAAGCAGCAAAUUAUUUGAUUUAUGAAUCUUUAAUAGAAACAGUAAAAGCGAGUUUAACUGCAUUAAGUUUGCUAAUAUAUGUUUUUGAAAAAUUAAGCAUAUUUGUAUUUGAUUUGUGGUUUGGUACCUAUGCAUGCUUAUUUGUUAGUGCUGUUGAUGGUUCUAUUAAUGUUGCUACCAAUGUUACAGAAAAACUCGUCAAUUUAACUAAUACUACGGUCCAUUCAAUUGCAAACGAACUGGAUGAUGGUUUACAAGAUAUAAGUGACGUUAUUAAUAAUAUUAUUAAAGUAGCAAAUAAAAUAGAGGAUUUUUUUACUAGUGAUAGUAGCAAUAGUAAUAAUGCAUCUGAUUCAAUUAAUGACGUCAAUUUAACCAUCACCAAGUUAUCCGAUUUUUAUAUCUCUUCCGACAUCAAUGAGAAAUUACAAAAUCUAAGUGAUAACACACCAACCUUUACAGAAUUGAAAAAUAAGACUAAUUAUUGGAUAUCCGAGCCAUUUGAAUAUGUUCGCAAUAAAAUAACAACUAUAAAUUUGACUGAAAGCCUUGGGAGUAAUAAUUCUGUGUUAUCUUUAGACAAAAUGUAUACGAUUCCCUUGUACAAUAACGGCAGUAGUGUUAAUACCGAUAAUGAUUAUUGUACACAGAAUAUUGUGCCUGAAUUUAAUAAAAUAUUCGAUGAAUUCACUAAGAUUAUAAAAAUAAUCAAUAUAAUUAUUAUAAUCUUACUUGUUAUUUGUGCCGUUGCUGCUUUAAUACCAGAAAUGUGGAAAGAAGUUAUCUUUUGGAAAAAGUUGAAGAAGUUGAAUACAAGAGUUGAUCAUAAUAUUGAGAUAAAAGGAAGAAUACUCGAUGAUAAGAUGGGUUUAAACAGUGGUACAAAUAACAACGUUAAUGGGGACAAUGUCUCAGCGACAGCAUAUAUGUCAUCAUCCUCCACAAUAACAAAUCCGUUUAAAGAUGAAAGUUAUCCUAGUACUGCUGGUAGUAGUGAAAGUGAUAACAUCGAGACUUAUACCAAUGUUUUUAAUAUCUGGCAAUACAGAUUAUCCAAAGUUUUAUUAUCAAAUAAGAAAACAUCAAAGAUAAGUAAUAUCAAAGUAAAAUGGUUGGUUCAAUAUAUUUUUUCUACAAGAGCAUUGAUUAUUUUAGGCAUAUCUUUAUUAGGAUUAGCUUGUUGUAUUAUUCAAUAUAUCAUUUUACAUGUAAUUGACAAGCAUUUACAAAACUCUGGAUCUUCCGAUCACGGCAACACAACAACAACAAUUUUGCAAAAUAAAAUAGGUACUGCAGUACAAAAAAGCUUGAUAAUAUGGUCCAAUAACACUAAUUCGUAUAUUGAAACUGUUGAACAGCAAUUUAACAAACAACUGUUUGGGUAUGUUGAAGAAACCACCAGUUCAUUAAAUAGUACCAUAAAUAAAGUGAUUACAGAAAUGGAUUCCAUAAUUGCAAAAGCUUUUAAUAACACUAUGUUGUACAACCCAAUGAAAACAAUUGUAGGAUGUGUAAUUGAAAAUAAAUUAUAUGCAAUAGAAGACGGUAUAACUUGGGUUCAUGAUAAAUGUCAAAUAAACAUACCAACAAUAGAUCCCAAUAACAUUAUUAAACAAAUAAAUAAUAAUGACAGUACUAGUAGCUCGGCUUUAUCCGAUGCUGUUGCAAAAUUUAAGGUUGAAUUACAAAAAUUAGUUGCAAAUUAUAAAUCUAGUGUUAACGUUGAAUUAGCCAUUAGCUUGAUAUUAUUUGGUAUCUGGUUAUUACAAAUUCCUAUAGGUUUAAUGAUUUUCAAUAUGAAAACAAAGGAUUUAUCGCCGUCUUUGCUUAAAAAGUUAAACUGGAGAAAACAUGGGAAUUCAUAA